AGGUAAGUUGUGGCGCGGAGCAUCUCAUGGAGAUGGUGAGAGAGGGGAGAGAGCAGAAGGCCGACAGACAUGUUGAGAGAGGCGAGAGAGAAAGGGAGACAGUUCUUUCCUUCGACUUCCUUGAACACCACGGGGGUGCACAAACGCUGACGAAGGGGGGAGAGUGAGGAGGGGACAAUUCCUGCCCGGAACCAACAAGCGGGGUACACGCUUCGAGCCUCCAGAGGGCACUGUACCACCACUCAUUCUUGGUCGGCGCGGUGCUUAACUUCUCUCGUCAACUGCUAUCUGGACGCUGGACCAGGGAACAGCGUGAGAGUGGAAGACCGAAGUUCCAAUGUCCCGGGUGCAGGUAUUGUGUCGGCUUGGCAGCCAGGUGGUGGUACCUAGAGGGCGUUCACGUCUGGGCUUUGUAAGGCCCAACUUGGCGUCACGCACGUGCGCAGGCCAUGGAGGGAGAGUGGUGGGCCCACCAUGCCGGCCAAGAAUGAUGAGUACUGCUGGGGAAGCAGCACCGGGGUCUGCUUCUCAGGCGAAGAAAGGAGGGGGGGGGGGUCGAGUUAUUGCGCUUCUCGGAUUGGCUGCGAUCGGUGCCGGUGGCUAUUACUACUACGAUACACAGAUGGGUUUAGGGGGAGGGGGCAUAUUGCCAUCACCGCAGACAAAGCAAGAUGGGAAUACAGAGACAUCUGCGGCGGCGCCAGCAGAGUCGUCAACCAUUCCCUCUCCUCUUGCUCUUCAUCCUCCUCUGUCUUCGUCGUCUGAUUCAGCGCCCCUGGCGAAGUCGAGUUCUCCUCUUUCGCCACGAGAGGAUCUGUUGAAUCGUCAGGCUGAGAUGAAGGCUCAGCUGGAGGAGCUCAGAAAGAAGGGGAAAAAGAGGGACCCAAUCAUAGAUCUCCAAAAGAAGGAGAUCAAGGACGACCUUAAAAUCGUUGCAAAAUUGCUCAAACAGCUUGAGAAGGGUGCUUGACAACCACCACCUCCUGACAGCUUUGUCCAAAAAAUCCAGCUGCCAUGCCAUGUUGGUGAGCAGAGGCUGGAAUGAAUGAUGAAAUAGGAAUCGCGGGUGCAGACGAUGCAGCCGCAACAGUGAUGAUCGCGGGUGUGACAAAUGAUAAAGUGGGAAGGCAAAAAAAUCGUUUCUUUGCACCGAACAAGUAAUCUCAGCGGCGUAUGUUCUUGAUGUCGCUUCGUGAUUACAGUGGCAAAUUUGAUGGUGGCAAGGAUGGUGAUUCGAUUUUUUAUGCUGUCUUUCCGUCUGUCGUUCAUGCGAGCGUGGAACGAAGAAAGAUGGUCGAACGGUUGGCAGUAGUGGACAUCAGACCGAUCAAUGUUACAUGUCGUCGUCGGUGUAUUUGUAACUACACAUGCCGCUGGUGAUGAUGUGAAACUGUGGCACGUCCGAUCAGUUUCCGUUUUUUUUUUGGAAAAGUUCGCCGCUCGUACUGCCCCUGCACAUCAUCCUCGGCUCACGCUCUUGCUCUGUUCGAACCUCCGGUGGACAAUUGCUGCAUGCGCGGUUUCGGUGGAUGGCUGCGUUCUAAGCUAUAAGCUUGGGGGGGCAUGGUAUAUGCAAGAGUAGAGGAUUCUGUGGUCGUGUCGGAUGCUCAGCAAGAAAUAAUAAAGAGGUUUGCGGACCGUCGACUGCGAGUGUCUUAUACGGUGGUGGUGGGGAUUAAGAUGGACUUUCUACGCCAUGUUGGUGUGGAAUGGGUGUCUUGAACUGCAGGAGGGCAGUAUGGGGGAACUAAGGAGCUUGCAUGAUGUAUUUGUUACUUGGGUCUUCAUGGACCCAUGUGAUGCGGCUUGCUGGGUCAUUGUUGGCCAUCAUUGAUGAUGACCUGUGUGCAUUUGUGGAGUGUACAACCAAACCUUCGUCUCACCGAUGCGAAGGUCAGGACUCUUCCCAACCCUUGUUUUUUUCUGGGGCUGCCAUCGUUUUGUGGGGCGCACUUUUCUCGAAUCCCUGGCCACUGGCUGCAUUCAAUGGAUUGAUGAUUUAGGUUUAGUUGGGCAUGUCAAUAGCUGUGGCUAACGACGCCUUCCUCGUAUAUACAACUCCCGCAACUGGCUGACCAUAUAUCCAGCUCUGGUCAGUAAAACACAUGCUGGCUUCUUCCUCUGUUCCACAUGGGGGCCCAGUCUGGCUCGCUGCUUGCUUGGGUCCCCCCACUCUGCUAUGUGAUCUCUAGUCCUGUUGGUGAGUACUUGAAUGUCACCACCAAGUACUCGUACAGCAUGUUUUGGUAGUAUACAUCUAAAAACAUUCCUUCUUAGUUCGUUAGUUAGUUAGCAUGUGUGCAUUGCUCCUUGUAUGGAGCACCUUGGUCAAGUUCAUCUCUGGUCCGCAUUUGUUUACUUAGAUUCUGCCUCGUACAGCAUGCUGUACGAGUACUUGGUGGUGACAUUCAACUUGGUGCCUUCUCGGUGCUUCUACUGUGUUGCCUACCCGCUCGCUCGGUGCCUUCUCUGCUCCGCAUUUGUUUACUUAGAUUCUGUUUUCCCAACCUCGCAUGACACGUCGAACUCACCCUUCAGAACAGACUUGCGACGGUCAACAGGGGAAGGGCCUUUCAAAAGAUGCGAUGCACUUCAUCGCAAUGCUCUACUACUCAAGUGCACAGCAAUUGCCAUGAUGUUGGCAGACAGGACAACCUUAACUGCUACCUCUGUCGAAGACACGUAAAAGUGUUUGGUGACCGUGUGUGAGAUGAUGGAGGGCAUGCUUCGCCAAGUUUCGCGAUGGCGAAUCGAUACAGUAGAAGACAAAUAUCAGCGGCGACAAGUGGGCAGUGUAACCUGUGGAUCGAUCAGUCGGGCAAAGUAAUUUCGGUGGCUCUCUGAGUCUGUGCAUAUUUAAGAGUGAGAGCGCAGGUACGAGUAUGAUUUGAGGGGCAUGCAGAAGGUUAUAGUCCGAUAUUCUGUAGGCCAGGUUUGCAUCGCUGGCAUCGCCUCGGCUAAGUGCUAUAUCAUACAUAGUCCAUGCUGCUGUGCCUGCUAGGCUUUCUGCAGCAUGCUGUCACUCAAUGGUUAGUCCAAGCUGCUGUGCGUGCUAGUCGGUUUUCCGCUGUCUUCUGUUGUUUAUCAAUGGUACCCCUGCUCCGUUGUCGCGCUUUGCUUGUCUGGUUUCAUCACUGACUGAGUACCAGUUCAAACUUCAAAGUGAGAUUCCUGCCGAGAUGGCCCUACCGUAGCUCUCUCUGACUGGGUGGCCGCACUGGCUCAGUCCAGGGAGUGUGGCAGGGGCCUGUCUCAUGAUCAAUCUGGUUGCCUUGUAUACCACUCGAGUGUGGUGAUGGCGACGGCGAUAACAACGUUGUGGAGGGUGCACCUUGUUUUUCUGCUUUUGCAUGCAUGCCGUUCCCGGCUGUUUGGCUAAGAUCGAGUGUAGUUUUUCUCCGUUUGUAGAGAUGGCUGACACCUGACACCCCGUCAGGUGUCAGGGGUGUUUUUUAUUGCAGUCAUUCUUGCUGGCUAUUUUCCAUAACGGGAUAUGUCUACAACAACUUCUACUGGCUCGCUCGAGCAGAUUAUUAUGUAAGGGAUGUUGAUGAUGAUGAUGAUGAUAAUGAUAAAGAAGAAGAUGGGUGUGGACUCACAGCUUUUGUCGAGGCCAUACUUGAGAGUUACUCAAAUCUCAAAAUGAAAAUCUGUCAUGGGG